GCACGACACGACACGACACAAGCCGAGCCGAGGCGAGCAACACAAAGCAGCGCAUCACUCCCCACCGUGUCCGUCUCCGACGCGCUUCCCGCCUGAGUCCGCGCAACCGCACCGCAUCUCCCCAUGUGGCCGUCGUGGGUCAAGACGCGCAGCUCUGACCCCGCUGCCGCCUCCACCUCCACCGCCCUCGUCCCCGCCGCCGGCGCGUCGCCGCGCCUCUCCAUCCCCAACCCGUCUCUCAAGGACCUCCGGUCCCUGCUCGCGCCGGACUCCGCCGCCGCCGCCCUGCCGUCCGCCGUCUCCCCGUCGCCGCGCGUCUUCCACCGCAUCCGCGUCGCCGCCUCCGCGCUCCGCGUCCUCCGCACGCUCCAGCACUCCCCGUCCUCCCCGCCCGCCGCCGGCAAGGAGCUAGCACCGGGCGGCGGGCGGGUGGUGCUGUACUUCACCUCCCUCCGCGUGGUCCGCGGCACCUACGAGGACUGCCGCGCGGUGCGCGCCAUCCUGCGCGGGCUCCGCGCCGCCGUCGACGAGCGCGACCUCUCCAUGGACCCGGGCUACCUCCCCGAGCUCGCCGCGCUCCUCCCCCACCCGCACGCGCAGCAGCAGCGCCGCCACCGCGUGGCGCUGCCCCAGGUCUUCGUCGGCGGCCGCUACCUCGGCGGCGCCGAGGAGGUCCGGCGCCUCCACGAGUCCGGCGAGCUCCGCCGCAUCGUCGCCCCCGCCCCCGCCAACCCCGCGUUCCCCGGCAACUGCGCCCGCUGCGGCGGCGAGCGCUACGUGCUGUGCGGCGCCUGCGACGGCAGCCACAAGCGGUACAGCCUCAAGGGCGGCGGCGGGUUCCGCGCCUGCGCCGAGUGCAACGAGAACGGGCUCGUCCGCUGCCCCGCCUGCUGCUGCAUCCCCGUCCACGCCGCCUGAUCCAGAUCCACCAUCCAACUGGUCCUGGUUUUCUCUCUAGUUAUUACUACUCGAACUCUCUAGGACUAGCUGUACUCUGUACUACUCAGCUUGCCAUCAAACUUGAUUAGGACGAAGCUAGUUAUUAGUAGUACUAGUGAUUUGUGUUCUUGUACUGAUUCAGUUACUAGUGAUUAGUGUCCUCUGGAGUUACUAUUUUCCUCUGGAGUUACGAUUAGAACAGUCGUUUCAGUUUCAGUUUCAGUUUCAGUUUCAGUU